AUAUCAGACAAAGACAAUACAGGAUGUUUACAGAUUUUGUGGAAAGACAAUUACAUCUAUUACUUUUGAACGCGUAAUCCAAUUUGCACCAAAUUUGGCACACACAAUCUCGAAGGUCACGACCACACCUGCCCAAAGUUUCAAAUUUCCAUCUUCAAAGAUGGCCCCUAAAAGUUACCCGAAAGUGGGCGAACCGUAAAAGCGGUUUCCGAAGCUAAUUUGGCCGCGAAAAGUGCCCAAACGAUAAUCCAAAAAUUUGGAACCCAUCUUAUCGUGUCCCCCACAUAUAAUUGUAUCAAUUUUGUAAGAAAACGCCAGUAACUAGUUUCAUCCGACCAACGUAUGCGACGAAAUGCAUACCCCUCAAAACGAUGAAUUCUGCCACCCUGAAGAACAUUGAUCGCCACGAUGUCAAUCAGAAUCCUGCAACCAAAAGACAGGUCACAAUGCAAUCCCAGGUGUCUCCUGGACACGUUAAUCGUAUUUUAUAGCACAAUUUUAAAAAAGCCUUGCAGAGGAAGGCGAAAGUCCGCGCACUUAAAUUUACCCAUAUGGUAAACAAAAAAACUAACAGCCGGAGGCUGUUUGAAGGUCAUGUUGGGAAUAAAAAUUCCGAAUUUGUCGUCACAUUGGACGGGACACUCUGCUGCCUUCAAAACUUCAACAGGACAAAAAUAAUUUGCUGCAAAACCGAUCGAAAGCAGAUUUCAAAGCAUGGGUCUGAAAAGAAGGAAAAGUUGUCUGACUGAUUCCUGGUGGCAGGUGCAAUGACGGACCGUGGAGUGCGAACAUUGAUACCUGUUGGGUCUAAUGCAAAAAUAAACUUGAAGUACUUUAUGGACAGUGUUUUACAUAAGUUGUUGGAGGUCAAAAUUGCAAAGAAGCAAUUUGGGGAGCCUGACAAGGUUUGCAUCCAUCACGACGCGACAUUUUCAUAUACGACCGUAUUUACCCAACCGGACGCCCAAGAUUUAAAGGCAAACCCCGGAAUGACCUCGAUAUCCUUUUCCGGGGUACACAUUAAGUAACCUGACACCAGUCCGAUGGAAUUUUUUGGGUUUGGAUGCUUAGAACAACGCUUUUUCAAUUGAAGAGAUAAAAAAUGUCUGUUGUUUGGAAACCCCUUUCACCGAUUCCUCCACUUUGAGGUCACUUUUUGCGCUCAUUUUUGAAGAUAGAAAUUUGAAACUUGGGACAUGUGUGACCGUGAUCUUGGGGAUUGCGUGUUCGAAAUUUGGCGCCAAAACGGAUAAAGGGUUCGCAGUUUACCCAUAAAAUUGUCUUUCCACAAAAUCUGUAAACACCCUCUGUAGUAAUUGGAAUGCCAUUUCUCCCGUAAAAUAUAAAUAUUUUGCUCUACAUUUUGCCAAAUAAGCAAAUUUGCACCAAUCUUUUUGCACAAAUUUAGCAAAAUGUCGCGAUUUAUCGUCCCCUUCGUAAUUUCACUGUUGUGGAAUGGUGCAUCUGCGACGCCCAUCUCUGUCGACCCGGCGGAGAGCAAUCUCUUAAUCGUGGGUGGCUCGGAAGCCACGCCACACGAGUUCCCUUGGCUCGCCUCCCUCCAUUGGCAGGAAGGCCAGUUUUGCUCUGGGGUCAUAGUCUCUCCCACCGCGGUACUAACGACGGCGUCCUGCGCGUCCCUCAUCACUUCGUGGUACCUCGACAUCUACGCUGGCCUCCAUCGCCUCUCAGAAAAUACGACCGUCGGCGUGCAAAAAAGAAAUCCCACCAUUAUCCAGCCCCAUCCCAGUUAUCCUUCCGGAACGACGGGGCGUGGGAGUGACAUUGCCAUCUUAAAAAUUGCCAAUACUGCGCCCUUCAUAUUUGACGAGUACGUCUCCGCCAUCGGGCUGCCAGCCGUGGGGGAAACUUUUCCCAAUGGGACGCUUGGCGUGAUUGCCGGGUGGGGCAGCGCGGCCGAAGAAACCGUCACGUUGCAGGAUGUUCUGUCAAAAUCGGAGGUGCAAAUUUUGAGCGAUGAGCAGUGCCUGGCCGCCUAUGAGGUCGGAUCUCCGGGGGAAUUUACAGGGGAAAGUAUGCUCUGUGCGGGUGGGGGGAAUCGGGAUUUCUGUAAUGGGGACGUCGGGACGCCACUUGUCGUGUGGGAUGAUGCAGGAGCGCCAAAGGUCGUCGGGCUGGCGGCUUGGGGACAAGGUUGUGGAAAUCCCUUCUUUCCCGGCGUGUACACAGAAAUUUCGGCAUAUUUGGAUUUUAUUAAUGCAAACUUGUAACUUAUCUGGGAUGGAUAAUAAAAAUUAUGUGCAAAUUUUGAA